GGAAGUAUGGUUAACACCGGUUGUUAAGCGAUACAGAGUUCAAACAAGAUAAAGCAGGUUAUCUUCACGCUUGGGCCAUACUGUCACUCAACUUUUGAGUUGUGUUUAGGCUACAUAUAGACAGAUUGUACAUUGGUUAACAAACUCUUAAUUUGCAGUUUCCUGUGUUAAGUGACUCUCAAGAUGGGAAAUUCAUCUGUAGCCGAAUGCAGCGUAAACAACCAGACACUGCCGGCCACGAACUCCACGUGUGACCACAGCAGCUUUGGGCUCAUUUUUCUGCCAGUCAGUUACAGCAUCUUGUUCCUGCUCACCAUCGCUGGCAAUGUGCGCCUGCUGUACCACUACCUCAGAAGGAAUACAUCUUCCUCCAUGCUCUUUACAGGCAACCUGGCAAUCCUGGACCUGUUGAUGGCGCUGACUUUACCCCUGACAGUAGACUACCGGUUGCAGGGUAGCGACUGGCGUUUCGGGGACACCCUGUGCAGAGCCAGCAUAGCUCUGUUCUAUGGAAACCUGUACGGAGGGAGCCUCUUCAUGCUCUGCAUAUCCGUGGACCGUCUUCUCGCCGUGCGCUACCCUCAAAUCUAUGAGACAUGGGUGCUGAAUUGCCAGCCGGAUGGCCGCAAAACCUGUGGAGAUCAUUUUACGGACAAACAGUGGGAUGAGCUGCCGCGACACCUGUUGCUGGCGACCGUGUUUGGUUUCCUCCUGCCCUACUCUGCCAUCCUGACCUGCUACGCCCUCAUAGGGCGGCAUCUGGCCACGGCCGAAGCAGGGCGGCAGAGAUGGAAAUUAAAGACCCGGAGAGCCAUCAUCACCAUUGUGGCCAUAAUGACCGUCUGCUUCCUACCCUUCCACACCGUUCAGAUGGUCACAGUUGUGCGUCGCCUGAACAUGGACCCAGCGAAGGUGCGAGAUUCUAAAAUUUGUUUCUGCCAGCGCUCCUUGGUCUUGAUGGCAUCUCUGAACAGUGCUUUUGACCCUUUUGUCUACUACUUCAUCUCAUACAGUCUCAAUAUUAAACAGCUUUGCCGGUGGAGAUGCAAUUGACUCUGUGUUCAUUUGAAGUGCUUCAAUUUUACCAUCAAAGCUUUUAUGCAUAUACAGUAUGAUAUGCUAAAUAUGCUUUAUGCUAAAAUUAAUUCGCUUUGAGAUGUAAGAGUAUGCCCCAGCUAACACAAGGACUGGAAGGAAAAUGUUAGUCAGAAACAAAUGCUUGAGUAUUACAGUUACAGAAGAUAUGCAUGGACUUGAUACCAUCUUCCUUAAGGUUUAGAAACAACAUAACUACUCCAAUUACUCAGAUAAGAAAUCAGUCAUUUCAGGAGAGCUCUGAAGCCUGCUAUUGUAACUCUUGUAUAGAAGUCUGGAGAAUGACAGGAAGUGUGCAACUUUAAACCUGUUAGUAUACUUCCUGCCAUCUCAAAGGCUGUUAAAGGCUAGUAGCACAUCUUGAUUCCGAAACUAUACUGCACCACAUACCAGUUUAGUUUUCAAAGAAAACAU